CUUCGAGGAAGCGGCUCCGCUCCGGAGCCUCAGCGGGGCGGCCCUGCUCGGCCCGGGGCGCUCGGCUCGGCCCGGCCGCCGGGGGCUGGAGACCAGGCAGGGGCCGGCCCCGCGCGCAGCCUGCGGACCGGGACAGAUCACUUAUCUUGGGAGCUCCAGGGCGUUGCUUAUCCUGAGGAUCAGGUGACCGUUGACGUCAGCCAUGUCAUCGAGGCCUUUGGAAAGUCCACCUCCUUAUAGACCGGAUGAGUUAUGGUGUGAAGCUUCCAUGUCAGUGCCUUGUUUAGAUGACCGUUGGCAACAUAUUGUCAGUUUUUUAAAUAAUACCUUUAUUGAGAUAUAAUUCACACACCAUCCAGUUCGCCCAUUUAGGAUGGACAGCAAACCCAAUCAUUACGCACCAAGCAAUGACAUAUAUGGCGGAGAGAUGCACGUUCGACCGAUGCUGUCUCAGCCGGCGUACUCUUUCUACCCAGAAGACGAGAUUCUUCACUUCUAUAAGUGGACCUCUCCCCCAGGAGUGAUUCGCAUCCUGUCUAUGCUCAUCAUCGUGAUGUGCAUUGCCAUCUUUGCCUGUGUCGCUUCCACUCUUGCCUGGGACAGAGGCUAUGGAUCCUCCUUGCUGGGAGGUGGCAUCGGGUACCCUUAUGCAGGAACUGGCUUUGGCAGCAGCUUCGGUGGCUAUGGCUAUGGCUACAGUUAUGGCUAUGGAGCCUACACAGAUCCAAGAGCAGCCAAGGGCUUCCUCCUGGCCAUGGCUGCCUUUUGUUUCAUUGCUGCGCUGGUGAUAUUUGUUACCAGCGUUAUAAGAUCGGAAAUGUCUAGAACAAGAAGAUAUUACUUGAUGGUGAUAAUUGUGAGUGCCAUCCUGGGCAUCAUGGUGUUUAUCGCCACAAUUGUCUAUAUAAUGGGAGUCAACCCAACUUCCCAGGCUUCUGGGUCUCUGUACAGUUCACAAAUAUAUGCCCUCUGCAACCAGUUCUAUACGCCUGCAGCUACUGGACUCUACGUGGACCAGUAUUUAUAUCACUAUUGUGUGGUGGAUCCCCAGGAGGCUAUUGCCAUUGUACUGGGGUUCAUGGUUAUUGUGGCUUUUGCUCUCAUAAUUUUCUUUGCUGUGAAAACUCGAAGAAAGAUGGACCGGUAUGACAAGUCGAACAUUUUAUGGGACAAGGAACGUAUUUAUGAUGAGCAGCCCCCCAAUGUUGAAGAGUGGGUUAAGAACGUGUCUGCAGGCUCCCAGGACAUGCCUCCUCCCCCUUCUGACUACGUGGAGCGAGUGGACAGCCCCGCGGCCUACUCCUCCAACGGGAAAGUCAAUGACAAGCGCUCGUACCCAGAGUCUUCCUAUAAAUCGACCCCGGUGCCUGAAGUGGUUCAGGAGCUUCCACUGACUUCAGCUGUGGACGACGUCAGGCAGCCUCGGUACAGCAGCAGUGGUAACUUUGAGACGCCUUCAAAGAGGGCGCUCACAAAGGGAAGAGCCGGAAAGUCAAAGAGACCAGAGCAGGACCACUACGAAACCGACUACACGACCGGCGGCGAGUCAUGCGACGAGCUGGAGGAGGACUGGGUCAGGGAAUAUCCACCUAUCACUUCAGAUCAACAAAGACAGCUCUACAAGAGAAGUUUUGACACUGGCCUGCAGGAGUACAAGAGCUUACAAGCUGAGCUCGAUGAGGUCAACAGAGAGCUCUCUCGUCUGGAUAAAGAACUGGACGACUACAGAGAAGAAAGCGCAGAGUACAUGGCUGCUGCCGAUGAAUACAACAGGCUGAAGCAAGUGAAGGGGUCUGCAGAUUACAAAAGUAAGAGGAAUUACUGCAAGCAGUUGAAGAGCAAAUUGUCGCACAUCAAGAAGAUGGUUGGAGACUAUGACAGACGGAAAACCUAGGAGGCAGUCGCCACACCGAGAGUAAGAUGAAGCGGGCGUCUCUGUGGUGUUGGCAGAGGCAGAUGACUCUGGACUGACCGGGAGCCCAGGCCUUUGUGAUCAUAACAGAGUGCUGGUAGCUUUAAUAUGACAGUAUUGAUGCAUUUUAUAAAUAGCUUUUGAUAAUCAACUGGGCUGAACACUCCAAUUAAGGAUUUCAUGCUUUAAACACUGGUUCUUGUAUUAAGAACUAACUGUGGUUUGAGGUCUUUAACCCUUUGAGGAAGGUUCCGGAGAGAACUGUGCUGUGAACUUUCAUAUCCUGGGCGGUCGCGUCGUUGUAUCUGAGUGCUCCUCAGUUCGCAUCGGUGAUCCUGUUAAUCCUCCCAGAGUCCUCCCUUCGCAUCACGGUCAUUCGUAAUCACUCCUGUUUAAAUGAGGAGCGUGGGUCCCUGCAGUGACGUCUCUGAAGGGCACAGCCUGUCGGCCAGCUCGCACUUUGGGUCAAGUCUGUUCUCCGACUCACUGAGCAGUCCCUGGCCUUCCAUAUUUUAGCUACUAUGACGUUGUGUUCUACCACCCUCCCUACUGAUUUUUUUCUGUGUAUAAAUGGUUAAAGAAGCUUUUUAUUGUUUUACGUUAUCCAGGUGAAAGAUCAUGUUAAAGUAACAAAUUGUGAAAUUUAAAGAUUGUAAAUAUACAUUGACUUUUUAAAUCAGAAUUUAAACCUACUGGUUAGAAUUUUCUGUAUUUUUAAAUACUUUUUAAUCUUUUUAUGGUUUACAUACGUUUUUUCUUAACCAACUAGGCUUUUUCAUUUAUCAGAGUAUCUGAUUACAUUUAUAAUUCAACUGUGACUUGAAUUGUAUCUCACAAGAAUGUUCAAGUUCUGUACAUAUUUUAUAAGGUAUUAAACCUGGGGUUUUCUUCCUAUAAUA